CUUUACAGCAACGCACGGUGCAUGGAGUGAAACAAGUAUCCAAAUGAAUACAUGAUGGUACAUCAUCUAUAAAGACAUUCACGAUACAUAUACUAUCAAACAAAUUAAGACACCUAGCUAAUCCACUUGCUCAAUACAUCUCUCUCUACAAAAAAAAAAAUACAAUGCCAAGAAUCAUGUGGAAAAGCUUCCAUCAUUGCUUCCCAUCAAAUCUCACUAAUCCCUCCACCGCCGCAGCCUCCGACGAUGAUCCCAACCGUCCAUCCAUUCUUCUCAUCAACAACUUCAACCACCUCUACAACGACUCCGCCGCCGCCGUAUCCAAGCGUCUCAUCGACGCCCCACCUUCCUCCACCACAACAUUCACUGCCUCGACCUCCACCGCCGCUUAUUCUUCCUCCUCCUCCACCUCCUUGGAUGAAUCCGAUAAUUACGAUUUUACCCCUGAACACUCUCCCCCUCCUGACUUAACCUCCGUUCUCGCCUCUCGUCGCUUCUUCUUCUCUUCCCCUGGACGCUCUAACUUAAUCACCGACUCACCGGACCUCCGUCACCGGUUUAGUUACGAAACCGCCACUACCACGACUACUACUAGUCCUACUAGGCUUCUUACCGGAGGAACCGCCGUGAAACAAUACGUGCAAUCUCCUGAUCCUUACAACGACUUCCGGCGAUCGAUGCAGGAGAUGCUUGACGCCGCUACAGACGCAGGAGAUGUUCGCCGUGACGAGUUCUUGCACGAGCUGUUACUCAGUUACCUCUCACUGAAUGCAGCAGAUACUCAUAAGUUCAUUAUCAGAGCUUUCGCUGACGUUCUUGUCUCUCACUUAUCGGAAGGUCACCGGACAGGCUGACGUGACAUGUGUUUCAUGUUAUGUAGUAAAAACUACUCGUGUUAUGUUUUUUUGGGAUUAAAGCUUUAGGACAAAAAAAUAUGAUAAUAUGUAAUUAUUGUGUAAUGAUACGAGAAACUCGAUCGCAUGCAGUUUGGUUGGUUUUUUUUUUUGUUACCAUUUUAAAUAAAAGAUGAAUCAUGGAUAAAUGAAUGAUAAAAUUUGAUUGGG